AUGUAUCAACUAUGCACUAUCUAUCUAUCUAUCUAUCUAUCUAUCUAUCUAUCUAUCUCAGUCUGUUCUUAUCUUUCUCAAUCUGUUCAUAUUUAUCUCACUUUCCUCUUUAUCUAUCUAUCUAUCUAUCUAUCUAAUAUUAUCUAUCGUGUAACGACAGCGACUUAUACCUUUCUUUCAGGUAUAGCAUCCACAUCAACCGCCACUCCUGCAAUGUCAGCCAAUAGUACUGUUUCUUCAGAUAUAGCAUCCACAUCAACCGCCACUCCUGCAAUGUCAGCCACUAGUACUGUUCCUUCAGAUAUAGCAUCCACAUCAACCCCCACUCCAGCAAUGUCAGCCACUAGUACUGUUCCUUCAGAUAUUUCAUCCACAUCAACCGCCACUCCUGCAAUGUCAGCCACUAGUAGUGUUCCGUCAGAUAUAGCAUCCACAUCAACCCCCACUCCUGCAAUGUCAGCCACUAGUACUGUUCCUUCAGAUAUAGCAUCAACAUCAACCCCCACUCCUGCAAUGUCAGCCACUAGUACUGUUCCUUCAGAUAUAGCAUCAACAUCAACCCCCAAUCCUGCAAUGUCAGCCACUAGUACUGUUCCUUCAGAUAUAGCAUCCACAUCAAUAUCCACUCCUGCAAUGUCAGCCACUAGUACUGUUCCUUCAGAUAUAGCAUCAACAUCAACACCCACUCCUGCAAUGUCAGCCACGAGUACUGUUCAUUCAGAUAUAGCAUCCACAUCAACCCCCAUUCCUGCAAUGUCAGCCACUAGUACUGUUCCUUCAGAUAUAGCAUCAACAUCAACCCGCACUCCUGCAAUGUCAGCCACUAGUACUGUUCCUUCAGAUAUAGCAUCCACAUCAACCCCCACUCCUGCAAUGUCAGCCACUAGUACUGUUCCUUCAGAUAUAGCAUCAUCAUCAAACCCACUCUUGCAAUAUAUAGCAUCAACAUCAACCCCCAGUCCUGCAAUGUCAGCCACUAGUACUGUUCCUUCAGAUAUAGCAUCAACAUCAACCCCCAUUCCUGCAAUGUCAGCCACUGGUAAUGUUCCUUCAGAUAUAGCAUCAACGUCAACCCCCAUUCCUGCAAUGUCAGCCACUAGUACUGUUCCUUCAGAUAUAGCAUCAACAUCAACCCCCAGUCCUGCAAUGUCAGCCACUGGUAAUGUUCCUUCAGAUAUAGCAUCAACAUCAACCCCCAAUCCUGCAAUGACAGCCACUAGUACUGUUGCUUCAGAUAUAGCAUCAACAUCAACCCCCAAUCCUGCAAUGUCAGCCACUAGUACUGUUCCUUCAGAUAUAGCAUCAACAUCAACCCCCAGUCCUGCAAUGUCAGCCACUAGUACUGUUCCUUCAGAUAUAGCAUCAACAUCAACCCCCAGUCCUGCAAUGUCAGCCACUAGUACUGUUCCUUCAGAUAUAGCAUCAACAUCAACCCCCAAUCCUGCAAUGUCAGCCACUAGUACUGUUCCUUCAGAUAUAGCAUCAACAUCAACCCCCAGUCCUGCAAUGUCAGCCACUAGUACUGUUCCUUCAGAUAUAGCAUCAACAUCAACCCCCACUCCUGCAAUGUCAGCCACUAGUACUGUUCCUUCAGAUAUAGCAUCAACAUCAACCCCCACUCCUGCAAUGUCAGCCACUAGUACUGUUCCUUCAGAUAUAGCAUCAACAUCAACCCCCAGUCCUGCAAUGUCAGCCACUGGUAAUGUUCCUUCAGAUAUAGCAUCAACGUCAACCCCCAUUCCUGCAAUGUCAGCCACUAGUACUGUUCCUUCAGAUAUAGCAUCAACAUCAACCCCCAAUCCUGCAAUGUCAGCCACUAGUACUGUUCCUUCAGAUAUAGCAUCAACAUCAACCCCAGUCCUGCAAUAUAUAGCAUCAACAUCAACCCCCACUCCUGCAAUGUCAGCCACUAGUACUGUUCCUUCAGAUAUAGUAUCCACAUCAACCCCCACUCCUGCAAUGUCAGCCACUAGUACUGUUCCUUCAGAUAUAGCAUCAACAUCAACCCCCAGUCCUGCAAUGUCAGCCACUAGUACUAUUCCUUCAGAUAUAACAUCAACAUCAACCCCCAGUCCUGCAAUGUCAGCCACUAGUACUGUUCCUUCAGAUAUAGCAUCAACAUCAACCCCCACUCCUGCAAUGUCAGCCACUAGUACUGUUCCUUCAGAUAUAGCAUCCACAUCAACCCCCACUCAUGCAAUGUCAGCCACUACUACUGUUCCUUCAGAUAUAGCAUCAACAUCAACCCCCCACUCCUGCAAUGUCAGCCACGUGUACUGUUCCUUCAGAUAUUGCAUCCACAUCAACCCCCACUCCUGCAAUGUCAGCCACUAG